UUCUGGAAUGUUCUUUCGGCUGCCACCACACAAGUCACACAACCAACUGCAUCACACCACGAAUUGAGAAAGCAGAAGGCCAAAGAAAAAAGGAUUUGCAGAGAUCGCUGCAGUUUCAAGAUUGGAGAGAAGCCCAACAACUCUUGACAAAAAUAAUCCAUACCAGCUCAUAGCAUAAACCAAACCAACAUGAUUCCUUCCCGUCGGCUUUUCCUGCAGGGCUCUCGCUCUAUCCUUGCCAGCAGGGCCAUUACCACCCACUCUUCCGCCAGAAUUCUACCUGCUUCUCGACUCCAGCAAUCUAUUUUGGCCAAGGAACACAAGGGAUUCCCAUCCGUGUGGAGUCGUCACUUGGCCACUUCUCCCCCUCCCAAAGAAGAGCAAGACAAGAAAAAGGAGGAAGAAGAAGACGUCAAGGAAGAAGCAGUCAAAAAUGAUGAUAAUACGAAAGAAUCGAGUAGUGGAGACUCUCUUCGUGAUACUGUCAAUCGACUGAAAAACAAUAAAGACACAACCAGCAGCGGGGAUGUCGAUAGUAGCAGUAAAGACAUACUCCAUCAAGCCGCCAAUUGGUUUGACAAUUUCACGGCCGAAGUGGGUAACACGUGGCAAGAAUUGGUCAAAGCGGGAGAACGCAAAGAUAUUAAUAAAAAAUUGCGACAAGAUUUGACACCCCACGCCACGGCAGAAGGCGAUCAGGAAUACACGGGUCCCGUCAGUAUCAUGGUCAUUGACGAAUCCGAGCAUUUGACGGCAUGGGAACGCAUGCAACGACGAUUGACCGAAGCACCCAUUAUUCAGAACAUGCUCGAAAAAGGGGAAGAUAUAUACGUCAAGUCGGGUGCCAAGGACGCCAAAGCCAAAGUAGACGAUUUGAGAGAAGAUGCGCGGGAAGCCUGGGAAACAUCGCAAAAUCCGUGGGUCUACCGGGCCAGUUCCGUCUACGAUACAUUGACGGCCGAAACGGCCGAAUCGAUUGCCGUCAAGGAAUUGCGCAUUCUGGAUCCUGAAUUUACUCUCGAUGAUUGGAGACGAGAUGUUGUGGGAUACACAUUGCCACAAAUUAUGGAAUGGUUCCUGCAAGGAAAAGUCAAUCAACUCAAACCGUGGUUGGGAGAAGCCGUGUUCAAACGACUUGCUUCGGAAGCGGAGGCACGGAAACAAGAAGGAGUUCAAAUUGAUACUCAUGUGUUGGGGAUUAUGAAUUCCGAGAUUUUGGCUGUGGAGCCCGACGAAGUCAAUAGGGGGUCUCCCAUUAUCCUGUUGCAUUUCAUGUGCCAACAAAUAAACUGUGUCAGAAAGAAGGAAACCGGGGAAGUUGUGGAAGGUUCUGAGGACGAUAUCCGGGCAAAUUCAUAUGUUUGUGCCUUCCAAAGAGAAUACAAUGAAGAAGAAGCUGAACUCACCUGGAAAAUUGUUGACUUUCGAUUCAAUGGUGCCAUUGCUUAUCUGUAACAACUGUACCAGGUAGUGCUUUAGAAUGACAUGAGAGACCUUAUCGAUGCUAGACCUGUCAAUAAAAUAUUCAUUUCAUUGAGACUGUUUUGAAAUAAAUGCUGAUUGCUGUAGAAAAUACUUAGAUCUACUUGGGCUUGGGCAGCGUUGUCAUCCGGAGCUGGUGGGG